AUGCCGGAUUCUGAAAGGCAUCGCGCUCUGCGCCCAUCAAGAUCUUUGGUUCUCUGCCUGUUGGCGGUGUCUGCCUGGACUUUAGCACCGCAGACGCCCUUUGUUUCACCAGACGUCCGGCCUCGGAGCCGAGGAUGCGAAUCUUCGAAGUGCAGCCGAGAUGCCUGGGAUGAUGGGAUCCCAGACUUGCCGGAGGAGUACAGGAACAUCGGCCCCCUGAAGCUUGGGCCAAGACCCAGGCCUUUUGGGCUCUUGCUCAUGCCUUUUGUGCUCUACGUCUACUUCAUGGCCGAUGCCAAGAGAGCCCUGUUUCGCAAGUUCGACGCGGAUGGUGACAAGCUCCUGUCGCCGUCGGAGCUCUCUGCAGCUCUGGGUGAGCUUCCUGCAGGCACCUUCCAGGCCGUAGAUACGGACGGGACCGGUGGUAUCGAUACGAAAGAGUGGCUCUUCAGCUUCCUGCACACUGACCUUCCCGGGUCGUAG